GGGCUUCGCUUGCCCUUGGCCCAUACGGCGCUAGUGCUCGCACUGAGUCUCUCGGGGGUGAAGCGUCGCUCGCUCGUGCCAUUUGCAAGCAACUCACUCCUCACUCUCUCAGCAAGCCAGCCCGUCGCUGCUGUCUGCCGGAAACUCUCCGCUCCAACACUCUCGAAAACGGUUCCUGGAUUUUCCUGUGCCUGAAAAAUUCACGUCACAGGGAGGAAGUAUGCGGCGGCGAACACGACUGCUUCUGCUGGUGUGGGUGGCGCUCUUUUCCGGCGCCGCACCGUCCUCAGCCAAGCGGUCUCGACACCACAGAGAACAGCAACCUUUCUCGGAAAAUUUAGUCAACCAACCCGCCACCUUGCUCAACCACCACGCGGUCGAGUUCUCGCAAAAUAAUGACGCACCACAUGACGGCUGCUCGCACAAGUACUGCGGCAAGGGUCGCGAGUGCCAGCCGGACGAGGAUGGGCGUCCGCAGUGCGUCUGCAUGUCCAGCUGUCCGAGGCACCACGAGCACAUCGUGUGUGGCUCGGACGGCGAGCUGUACCACAGCCACUGCGAGCUGCACAGGGUUGCGUGCGUCCAGCGUCGAGCCCUCAGCGUCGACAGAGCAAUGAAUUGUUUGAAGAAUCCAAAACCGCUGUACUCAGUUUCAGAACCAAGCCCGAGCACUGCUGCCACGACGGCUUCUCCGCCUCCGCCCAAAGAAACGUCAACGGCGACAGAUGUUCCAGCAGAGGGAUGCUCGAUUCAGGAAUACGAAAUUAUGAAGGAUAAUCUUCUGCUGUUCAACCACGCCCGUUUAAUGGCCGACGACAAAAGGAGUUCGGGCAAAGAGUAUAUCGUCAGCAUUAUGUUCUCGCAUUACGACUCGAACAACGACGGCGCCCUUGAGUUGGAGGAGCUCCAGCAGAUCGCGGCCGCCGAGCAACUGUCACAGUUGUCCAAGGGGUGCAACCUGUCCGACAUGAUCGGCUUCGACGACGUCGACAAAGACGGCCGUCUCAAUAUCAAUGAGUUUUACGUGGCGUUCAGUAAGUUAUACAGCGUGACGGUGGUGUCACUGGACAAGGCGCUCGAGGUGAACCACGUUUCGGCGCGCGUCGGCGACAACGUGGAGAUCAAGUGCGACGUGACGGGCACGCCGCCGCCGCCGAUCGUGUGGCGCCGCAACGGCGUCGACCUGCUCGGCCUGGGCGUCGGCGACGACGACGCCGUGCGCGUCUUCACCGACGGCUCGCUCUACCUGACCAGGAUCCAGCUGCUGCACGCCGGCAACUACACGUGCCACGCGCAACGCAACGCCGACGUCGUGCAGACGCACGUGCUCACCGUGCACACCGUGCCCGAGGUCAAGGUCACUCCGCGAAUACAGUCUCGGCGGCCAGAGGAGGACGCAGCCAUGCUCUGCCACGUCGUUGGACAGCCCUUUCCAAAGGUGGAGUGGCUGAAAAACGACGAGCCCCUGCGAAUGGAGGCUGGCAAAUACGAAAUGGUGGGCAACGGCACCGAGCUACGAGUGCGUCACAUAUCCUACGCAGACACCGGCGCCUAUAUGUGUCAGGCGAGCAGCGUCGGCGGCCUCACUAGGGACAUUUCCUCCCUCGUCGUCCAGGACGAGCCGUCGCCCACUGCGCCUAGCGAGGAGCGUCGCUUCUUCUCGUUCCACGACUGGGGUGUUUCUGUUUACGAGCCGACCGCGUGCAGACUGUACCACCAAAUCCAAGCCACCGACAUCAUCCCUGGAACGCAGGAGUACGUGUGCGGUGACAAGGGAGUCAACUGCAGCUGGGGUCACGCGAUAAAUGUGGACAACCGCUAUGUGUUCGUCACCCAGCCGCUCAGAGACAGAGUGCUUGUCAUAAGCAAGAUCCAAAUGGUCGUCGUUGAUGUCGUGGUAACGGACAAGUACCCGGUGGAUCUGCACUAUGUGCCACAUCUGGACCAGGUCUGGGUUCUCAACUGGCGCUCGCUUGACCCUAAUGAGGGCGUGCGCACCAUCCAGGUCAUCAGGGACGCGUCGCAGAAGAAGAAGCACCACACCGUGCACCCCGAGCCCAUCGACGGGCAGUUCGAUCUGGUCAAGGGACUCUUCAUUCCGCCCAGCCAGGAUAUUCGGCACAACUUCAAGUACGGCUAUGUGACUCACACCGACCAGCGGGGCAUGUACAAGCUCGACCUGGCCAACAUGAGGUACACCAGAUCCAUCGACCUGAACCCCUACAACUGCGUGCCCGCCCACGUCGACUUUUCUGCACUUUAUGGUUUCGUCGUUGUUUCAUGCAAAGAACCAAUUUCUGGAAGACCAAACGGGCAAAUGUUGGUGGAUUACCUAACCGACUCAGUGAUCAGCUUCAAGAGCGAACUGCCAGGACAACCGAAGGUCUCGCCUGACAGCAGGGUUGUCGUCACCUUGGACAGGGCGCCGGAAGGUGUUACAUUGGUCGUUCAAGAAAUCACUGAGAAUGGUCUUCAGUUCCUGUUUGAUGUGAAGACCACGCUGAACAUCAGUGACAUCGCGUUUUACCCUUCAAGAACGACGCACGGCUAUGAUUUGUACGCCAGUGCAACGGACAAGGAGGACUUGCUUUUCCUCAAUCUUGUUACUGGCAAGGUGGAGAUGAUUACGGGCGUGGGGCACGCGAUGGAGGCGUCGCUGGCGCAGUGGGGCAACACCAACCGUCCGAUCGUGUCGUCAGGGGUGUUCGGCCACUUCAUGGUCAGCCCGGCGAACGAGGCGUUGUUCGUGGUCAACGGUGAGACGAGGACCGUCAACUGUGAAAUCGGCGGCCUCGUGCAUCCGCGCUCGGUCGUCUGGGUCACCAUGCAGCUGCAGUAAAAAAUUCAAAGACACUCAAGUGCAGUGCCCACGAACUUCUCAUCGUCCUCACACACUACACAAAGAAACAAAC